CCUGGAUCUGCGCUUCAGCCCACUUUCGGCGGCGCUGCGGGGAAAGGAGAGGGGGCUUUGGAUAUUCACUAAAGUCAUACUAUUUACUACCGUGUUUAGAUCGGUUUUAUAUUAGCGCUGCGGACAUUUACCUUGCCACUUGUGAUUUUUCCCAGCAUGUCGGACACAAUCAGCACCCAGGCCCCGCCUGUGCCCAAGCCGCGCAUCCGGCACAAGCUGCUUCUAAACCAGCCGCCUCCGGACAGCGUUUCCGCAAAUAAUGUGCCAGAUGAGAAUCAGUCUGACCGGCAAGGAAGCCCGGACUGCGGCGCUGCAGGUCCACCUGCUUCAGUUGGAGAAGAUCUUAAAUCAGCUGUGAUCCCAGGUGGUUCCGGUAGCAACUGUCCUACUGAUGAAACCAAAGACAGGACUGGCUUAAUUAACGGUACAGAUGACCAGGCGACCUGUGCUGCUUCAAGCCAGCCGACGCUGGAGGAGAGCUGUGAUCAAAGCUCCUCGAGUUCACGGCAGGAUGCCGACUUGGCUGUAUGGGACCUUCCAGAAAACUCUGCUGCGGGAACCAAAGCCCAGGCAGACUUUGCUGAGCCCAGCCAUGGCUGCCUGGACCCCUGCUCUGCUACUCCUCCGCUGAGUCCUACUGAAAAAUUGGACUCCAUCCUCAAAAGCUUGGCUGACUGGGCUACAGAACCUGCGGACGACUCAUCGGCAGAAGACGAAUCGCAGGAUCCGCCUCCUGUCCCAAAGCUUCAAGACGAAUCUUCUACUACUAACAACUCUGUGCCCCAAGUGCCUGGUGAGAUGGUCCACACUGUGAGUGAAGAGCUUCCCCCCCAACCACGCAAGGAGUUUUUGGUUCUGCAGACCAAGCCUGCGAAGCAGCGGCUGCCCCGUGUUGCCACCAUUCGAGUAAGCAGGAAGAAGCAAAGUGCCGUCUCCAGUGGGGGUCCCCAUUCUGGCGAGGGGUCUUCCGGGGAGAAUGUGGUGUCACGCUCUAGCUGGCUGGAUGUGUGGCAAGGUCGCAGGCACCACGUACUGUGGGCGACGCUGGACGGACAGAUUAUGUGUCUCUGGAAGAAGCGUACUGACAAGUUCACCGAGGUGGUGUUCCACGUCUCCAGCAUCACCAACGUCCGGGUGCAGGAGCAGGGCCGUUUCUGCAUCUACUUCCAGAAGAAGCAUAUUGAGUUCAUGGCGCACAGUCGAGUGGUGCAGGACGGCUGGGUGAGCUCCCUCCUCGCUGCUCGGGGACAGGACUUCCCCGCACCACCCGAGCAGCAAGGCCCGCUCAGCAUGAAGGAGCCGCGCGGCAAGGUGUACGCUGCCCUCUGCGGACACAACCUGUGGAUCUACCACAGCAAAGAGGAUUUUGGCUCCGGCGUGGGGAUGACCUGCGUGUCCAUGAACGUGGCAUCGGUGAAGCCGACCGGUCGUCACAGCUUCUGCCUCAUAACACCAUACAGGACGUUCAACUUCUCUGCAGAUUCCUCCAAGGACCUGAAUGUGUGGCUGGACUCCCUGAUGCAGGGCAUCCGCAGUGCCCUGUCCUGCAGUGAGGUGGCGCGUCGCCUCUGGGUCAACCCUGCCAACAAAGUCUGCGCUGACUGUGGAGCGGCCAGCCCCGAAUGGGCGUCCGUCAACCUGCUGGUGGUCAUCUGUGAUGCAUGCGCUGGUCAGCACCGGUCUCUGGGGAUUAACGUGUCCAAAGUGCGCAGCCUGAAGAUGGACAGUAAAGUGUGGACGAAUCCUCUGAUUCAGCUGUUUAUGCAGUACGGGAACAAGGCUGCCAAUGACGUUUGGGGCUACAGCGUGCCGGCCGCAGAGCAGAUACAGCCGGACUCCUCCCCAAACCAGCGCGCCGCCUUCACCAAAGCCAAGUACUGCAGGGGGCGCUAUAAGCGGCCCCACCCUCUGGCCUCCAGCUUGAAGCUGCUGAACCAGAGGCUGUGCGAGGUGGUGCGCGGCCCAGACGUGCCAGAGACCUUAUCGCUGCUGGCGUCCGGAGCUCGCGUCCAGUGCCAGUCGUGCGACCCCAAAUUCCCCUCCCCCAUCUCGCUGGCUGAGAACGCGGGACAGGCUUUGCAGACAGAGCUUCUGCGGCACAAUGAGUUCACAGAGAUUCCAACCUUUUCUAAGAAGUUAUGCAAACAAUCCCGCUCGAUGGAUUUAGCCUCUUCAGGAGAAGAGGAACUCCACGGGAAGCUGGAGGACGACCGCUUCCUGUUCUCCCAGGAGAACGACUCCGCCGCCUGCGAUGUCAUGGACCUGAAGGAGGUCGUCUCGGUCUUUGACUGCUCUUCUGGACCGACCAAUGAGUUUGAGGUGCUGACGCUGACUGACAAGCUCCUGUGCAGUGCUGACACACGGCAGGAUCUGCUGUCACACCUGACGCACAUUCUGAAGGUGAUCCUGCCGGGGACCGUCUCCGACGAGGACCUACAGGGGGUGCAGGCCGUGUCCCGGGUCCUGGUGCGGGAUGGAACCUCGCCUCAGCACUCAGAGGCCUGGGUGGCACUCAGGUAUGACGAGCUACUCGUCUACCACAACAAGGACGGCGCAAUGGACAGGCUGCAACUGACUGCAGACAGGCCCCACAAACUGAAUGCAUCCGAGAACACGAUUGAAGUGGCCACCGCAAAAAGGACCCUGACCCUCCAGUUUGAGAUGGACUCCCCCUGCCAGUGCUGGGACGUGCUGCUGAAGGUGGCCCUGCUGGGCAAAGAGAAGACCCAUCGCCGCUCGCUGUACCAGCUGCCCGCUUCUGCCGUGGGCUCCAUGCCACCGGCCAUGGAGAGGUGCAUCUCGCACAUCACAGUGCACGGCUUAAAGGUGGAGGGUAUCUAUCGGCGAUGUGGCAUGGUGACCAAGAUCACCCAGCUGGUGGAGGCCCUCAGCCGGUCGCCCAAGGAAACCCGGCUGGACACGGACGAGCUGAGCGUGCUGGACGUGGCCGGGGCGCUUAAGCAGUUUGUCCGCCAGAAGGUGGUGCUCAUCCCGGGCUCGAACAUGGAGCACUGGGUGAAGGCUUCAGCUGUCGCAGAAGAGGCCCAGAGACUGCAAGUUUACCGCAAACUGCUGGACCAGCUGCCACCAGACAACAGAAUAAGCCUCAGUGCCCUCUGCGGACACCUCUACAUAGUUCAGCUGUACAGUCAGGAGAACCGAAUGACCGCCCACAACCUGGCGGUGGUAUUCGUCCCCACGCUGUUCCAGGAGUAUUCCAUGAGUGCAGACAUGGUUCGCGUCACCCGUGAGCUCAUCCUGCACUACACGCUCCUCUUCCAGAGAGAAAACAAUGACCCCACUAAGGAAGAAGACAUAAUAGUGACUGUUCUAUAGAAUAAACCAUCAAGAGAAAUGAGUCUCCCUUAAACUGCAUUACAUCUUAAGUGCAGGUUUCUCAAAGUGAAAUUCCAAAAUCUGACAAAUGACCAGUGUAGUUAAAGUGGAAAAGUUCUUUUUCCUCUUGUGGUGAUCUUCUGUAUCUGGGUUUGCUUGGGCAGAGUGAUUUUGUACAUUAUGAUUCUGAUUAAAUGUCUCUGUAUUGUAGUCCAGAUUGAGACUGAAAAUGCUACUGUACUAAUCUAGUUACCACUAUGGCUUAUUAAAAAAAAAAAAAAGAAUAUUGUACUUCAUAUUUUUUAAACAAUUACAUAGUGUAUGUGUUUGCAUGGAUGUUGGUAAUAUACAUCCAGUGGCCACUUUAUUAGUGCUUAUUAAUGUGAACGACCUGUUCCUCCAAACGGGGGAUAAGGUGAUUGUGAAUGGGAUACAUGAUUGUUUGUGUCAAUUGUGGUUCCACCAUCUCAGAAACAGCCACUAUGCUGGGAUUUUUGAACAGUACAUUGUCUAGAAUUAGCAGAGCAUGGUGUGAUAAAAUAAGAAAGAUCUGGCAUCUGUUCUGAGGAUGAAAAAAACAUUGGUAAUGAGGAGAAAAUACGCAAUAGGAAAUCUAAGUAUGCAAUGUGAUGCACGAACCUUUGUAAGUUUCCUACACCUUGUUGAAUCUAUUCCUGAGAAUACAGUUCCUUGGGGACCUGGUGCUCCUACCUGUUAUUAGGCUGGUUUGCCUAAUAAAAUGGCCACUUUAAAACUGAGACUUUAAUUUCAUAAUUUUAUAAAAUUGAAAUUAAUAACUUGCUUAUGUAAAGUUUUGUAUUUCUAUAUUCCACAGACUACACAAAUAUAUGAAUUAAAAAAAUGAAUCAAAGACAAUUGAA